UGGGCGUUGAUCGGCCACCGCCAGCACAAGCGCCGACGAGCUCAUCCGGUGCACUAGUCAGCGUCAUGGUGUCGCCGGCAUCGCAUUCCGUGUGUCGGCGGUCUCACUCGUCCUGCUCGUGCUUGGAAAUGAAUGCGCCGGCGUCAGUGCCAAGCGCCAAACAAGAAAAGAGAGGGGUCAAGCUGACAAGCCGACUGAAGCCAUCGGCGAACGCCACCUUCCUGCACCCACGAAUUUGAAGGUCGAAGUGUCUUGUGACAACAUUUACAACGCAACUUGGGAUUAUGACUUCGAAGCGAACUUCGACGGUUUUAUGGGGACCCUCUGCCACAAGGAUGAGUGCGCCACGACCCACAUCGACUACAAGGAUAGAGAGUUCACGCGGCGGCUGCCAUCGCACAACAGUAGUUAUACAUUUACCUUGUACGCAAUCGACAGCCAGGGCCGGCGGAGCGACUCAGAUGUAGCAGAGUUUACAUCAUUCCCGAAACUCCCACACGUUCAAGGGCUUACCGUGAAUUCGACAAGUCCCACAGAGCUCCAGGUGUUUUGGUUGAGUGAGUGGGGACAAAACAUGAGGCUCAGCGCCUGCUCAAAAACGGCGCCAUGCGUUAACACCACGGUGCCGGCCCGGAACCAGACGCACUUGUUGAAGGGUCUCGAACCCGGCACCACGUACGAAGUGUCCGCUCAGACGGUGGUCACUGUGAACAAUCGGACCUGCGAAGGUGAACCUGCGAAGAAAAGUGGCACGACACUGCAACUGGAGCCUCCGAAGAACCUGACGGUCGACGUUUCGUGCGGCAACGAUGCGCACAUAAAGUGGACGUAUGACGACGCGGAAUCCAUCAGCGGCUUUCUCGUCACGCUUUGCCAGGGAAGAGAGGCCCAGUGCGAGAACAAGACGCUUCGCAACGACCAGACGGAAUGCUCGUUCCGGCUGCCAGACUACAACGCAACGUAUAACGUUAGUGUCCGCUCCUACAGGCAAACUCAUUUCACGAAGAAGACGUACAGUAAACCAGUCCACGAGACCGUCGUCUCACUCCCGGAACUGCCUGAGUUGGACGACAUUGUUGUCACCGGAGUAAGCGAGACGGCCUUGGUGGCCACCUGGACCACCGAGUGGGACGGCGAAAUUACGUUCAACAUUUGUUCGAUGCCGGAGGAAUGCCAGAACCACACAAUACUCGGAACUCCUCGCAAACACACGUUCGAUCAACUGGCCUCGAACACCACCUACAGGGUCCGUGCUCAGUCGCAAAUGACACUUCAGAAGAAAAAAUGCCGAGGCCACCUGCAAGAACGUUCCGCCUCCACGUUUACAGAACGUCCCGGCGAAGUCCGCAAUGUCCAGCAUUCUGUCGAGAAUGGCACCAUCCUACAAGCCAGUUGGGAGUUACCCGAGAAAGCCAGCGCGUCCGGUUUCACCGUCAAGUGUGAAGACCCGCAAACGAAGUACACCGAAUCUCGAGACGUCUUCGACCAAAAGCCCCCGUAUCGUGUCUCUGUGGCUCUUCAAGAGUCGGUUGCCAAUUUCAACUGCUCCCUUUUCGCAUUCAACAUUAACGCUACCGGCGGCCGCCUUGAUGGACCGAAGUACGACUUCAGCGUCGCCACUGACGGUAUAGCAUGUCCUGAAAACUUGAAACUUGUGGAACGCAAUGCAACGAGCUUCACGCUCAGUUGGUCUGUCGACCCUAACGCAACAAAGUGCGAAAUUACAGUGACACCCGAAAAAGGCUUCGACGAAGAACUUACAAAGCUGGAAAAUGCUUGCGAACACGACAAGCCGCUAAAUGGUACGGUGAUGCACACAGUGACUGGACUUCAGCCGUGGACACGCUACAACGUAACUGUGAAGAACUGCCGAGAAGCUUUUUGUGGUCUGCCAGCGUUCCUGAUCAAUAUCACCGAAGUUGCUGCUCCUUCGAAAGUGCGGAAUUUCAGUUAUUCCAUUUACAAGGACGUCAAUGCUCUCCUAACAUGGGAAGAGCCGGAACAGCAUAACGGACCUCUCACAGGCUACGUCAUCCAAAUGUACAAUGAAGAUCGAAAUGAAACAAAUGUCACCUACGUAGAAGGGGAUCACACUGAAAAAGAAAUUAACUUAAAGGAUCAGUUCAAUCUUUUCAACGUGUCCAUAUCGGCAUUCAACAAGGCCGAAACGAGCAACCAAACCAUCUAUGGCCCUGAGUCUCAGAUACAGUUCGAAACUCUUGGCAAAGGACCGCUACCACCUCGCCCAAAACCGAAGGAAGUGAAAGAGGACAGUGUCCAUCUCUCGUGGGAAGAACCUCAUGAUCCGAGGUACAACAUCACCGGCUUCAGCAUCAGAGUCAACAAUCAGCCACCGGUGGAAAUAAACCAGUCGAGCUAUACAAUUGAUCAUCUGACGCCGUGGACUGAGUACAACGUCAGCGUUGCUUCUUGCACGAAAAGGACGAGCUGCGGACAAUGUCGGCACCUGGAGGUGAAGACAGACUUUGCAGCGCCAUCGGCACCGCUUGAUCUCAAGGCUCCUGAAGCCGGUACCGACUGGAUGCUGGUGCAGUGGGAAAAGCCCAAGGUCUUCAAUGGCCCGCUGAGUGGAUACAAUGUCACUUUCAGCCACGGAAGCAGCUCUCCGUUUGCUGUCACCACAAAUGUGACGUACAACUUCACGGAUCUGGUUCCUGGCACACUGUACGAUGUAUCAGUUUAUGCAUUCAAUGAGGGGAAAUCUGUCACUAAGCGUGGACCUCCCGCCUCACUGCAGGCCACCACGCAAGCUCAGGCUCAAAAAGCUUCAGUUGCCGUGGUAGUCGUGGCGGUUGUGGUACCACUCAUCUUUAUUAUUCUCAUCGCUGCCUACUUUGUAUACAAGAAGUUCCAGAAGAGGACAGGGGAGCGUACGCCUCUGAGAUCUGCUGAAGGAAUGUAGAAAAAACUUGUGAUUUCAAUUCAAGGUACUCAAGAGUGAGCGUUCCUACUGAGUGCAUUGUUUUUUGCAUGGUUGUGUUUGAACGAUGUGUUGUUAUGUAAAUAAAAUGUGUGCCAAACUGUUACACCUGUUGUGAAGCAGUGUAAGUAGGAGUCCAGUAAAGUUUAUGAGAAAAUAAAGAUGACUAUUGAAAACGA